CCAGAACAUUUUGCCCAACUUUAAUUUACUGGCUCAGUGGUGUUAUCGGUCCACUCCGCCUUUUUACUGGAGAUCGACGACAAGCUCAGCCAUCGCCCACUCACCACGGAGCGCAGGUCCAAAGGCUCAAAGCAGCCCAUCAUUUGAAAGCUACGAAAAAUCAUACCAUGUAUCGAGAUCAAAAAGGGGACGUUGGAUUGUUGUAGCCGGACUGAGUCUCCGACGGAUGGCGACAAACUGAAACCCGGUUCCAACUUGCUGUGGCUAUCGACAGAGGACGUUCCUCUUCGGAGGUGGCGAUUUGUGGGAAGAUUUGUGAGGGGCAUCCAGAACGCUUCUAUUUUUUCCCCCAUUCAUCCCGCGCAGUGUACCACAUACUUCCACUUUGUGUCGCCGCGCCCUGGAUCCCGAACGGCCAUCACUGGAGCACUACGGCUGCACGAACCCGGACAAGGAAACCGGAAACAGAAAGUUUUGUGAUCAGUUAGAAGGAGGACUUUCCGUAUCAUUUGUCUAACCGGCGGCCCUCAGGUCUCGGAGGAAGACGCAUGUUCAAUCGCAGUCUGACGUUUCCCAUCCUAUCUCUCAAGUCGCUUGACGCUGCGACAGGGAGCUUCAAUAUCAUAUAACGAUGAGCGCCGCUCGUGAUCCGACAUCGCGGCUGCGCGCUGGAUUGAACCCUUUACUCACAUCUCUGGCGGGCUAUGGCAACCAGUCAAACACGCCACACUCGGCAAUGUCCAUGACCUCACACAAUGGCUUCAGUACUAUGCCGACACCUGUCAGCGCCAUCCAGCCGUAUAACCCGCAGGAAUGGAUAGCUUCUCCGGCACCAGGAUCUGAACGUAACAGCCAGAGGUUUUCCUCUUCUGGAGAAUCUACAGGAUCAUCCCUGCCUCCUCCGCCAUACUCUCCGCCUAGGAGCCAACAGCCACCCGGCCAGGUGUACGAAAGCUCACCUGUUGUUGCAAACACAUCGGCACUCCGGGCUGCACCACCACAGCAGAGCCACUUACGACAGUCCCCAGACCAGCAAUAUCCAGCAACUUCUCAAGCAUUCCCGCCUCCACCACCCAAUGCCGGAAGAGUUGCUUCGAGAGAAAGGAGGUUUGGUAUCCCAUCCCUUCUCCGCCGGGAUAGGGACUCGCCGGAUGCGACAACGCCUCCGGAUACCUAUUCCCCGGGGCUUGGCAUGUAUCCAUCGAACUCACUUAGCGCAUCACUAUCCUCCUCUCGUCCUCAGAUUCCAGCCCCAUUGUCGCUGCAAAUACCACAAGCACCAGAUGCCGAACCUGGCCAGGUACAACAGCUCCCGCCCGCAGCGAGGAGGACUCAAUCAACAGGCUCCAUCGGUACACCAACCUCGGCUAGAUCACGGUCUGCUUCCCAGGUGCGAUGGGGUUCGAAUAUGCCUGUACCACCGCCGCCCCCUGGACCGCCUCCCCCAGGUGGCCGUUCUCAGAGCCUAUCUCGGCCGAGCAACGGCAAUGAUCCAAUCAUGUCCCCGCCAACAAGGAGACCUCCUCCCAGUGGGGUGACCGCUCUGGGGCCGGUGCCUCCGACCCCUGCAAACUGGCACGAGAUGGAAGAUAACGACCAUAGCCGUAGCCGCACACCGCCAACAAGGCCGCCCUUGAUCAGUAGUUCAAGCGCGCCAACCUCGACCCCACCACAUCAAGAACCCCAAGGCUCGUCCUCGGCUCCAGGCUCCGCACAACUUAUAAGAGCUGGUGCAGUCAGGGGUGAGAAGACGUUACGUGAGAGGAGGAGUGAGAGCCGGGCUAGAGGCAUACACGACUCGAUAGAUGCGUCUCUGGAGAAUGCAGAAAACUCUAUGAGCGACAUAGUCAUACCGAACCCCAAUGGGCUCUCUAGACGUCUCACGAUUACACGAGGCACUCCUCGCAGCGAAAGGACGAGCAUAGACGCACCGCUUUCCGCCGAUGAAAACGCCAACAUAACGCCCCGAGCAUUAGCCUCUGCGCCCGCCGCACCCAGCCACUAUCUCGAAACACCCCCAUUUUCUCCGCGCCCCCAGAAACCAUAUCAGCUCAACGAGAACCAUGGUCCAAUGGCACCCAAAGCUCUCCCUACGCCUCCGCCGCAAACCAGAUCGGCGUCUAGUUCGCAGGUGAGGUCGGCCUCGAACUCACAGACGAGGUUGACGCUGGAGACCAUCAGGUCCGGUCAGAUGUCACCACGACAAGUCACCAAGGACUCGGUGGUGAAGCAGACUCCUGAUCAGUUUUGUCGCGGCACCAUCGAGCGCUUCAAGGCUUUUGCACACAAGGAAGCUGCUGUUGCAGAUGAUGCUGAGCGGGUUCGUUUGUUUGCCGAGUUCAUCGUUAGCGAGUCUCGUCUAAGACGCGAGAGAUAUGCCUCAUCCAUCGGAGCUAUGGGAUCCGAGGUCUUGGAUUUGACUAGGGAUCUGUUCAGGCCAAUGUCUACGAGGAGGGCAUCGGUAACCUCGCAAGCCAGCGCUGCUGAUUUUACUCCCCAGACUUCGGAGCCCAGCCGAUCGCAUCGUGGCUCUGUUGGAUCAAUGCAGCGGGAAGAGCCGCAGCUGCAGGUUGACCGGCAUGGAAAGUCGAGCUCGGCGCCAUCGUCGGCGGGCUUGCCGCCUUCUCCUGGGAUGCCGGGCCCAUCCAACCAAAACUGGCAACAGUCAUCAACCAACUACAUGCCAUCUCUGUCUCCUAUUCUUAGCAUGAGCGUGAGCGAUGCGUUGGAUGAACAAGAUUCGCGUGGCCGGCCAGCAAGUAGAUGGUGGGAGACUGACUCGAAUGGUACACCAUCCAUGCGGAUGGAACGGAGUAAACGCGAGUCCAAGUACAUGGGCGUUCCCAAAGAAGGACGAGAAGCUUUACAGUGGAGCGACGACCUUGCAAACACAUAUGCUGACGGCGCUGGCAAGCGCGAGUCUGAUAAUGAUUAUCCUCCCGAGAAAUCAGGAUGGCACGAAGGAUCCUCGUCUAGUGAAGCAACCCGGACUCCUCAGCCCAAACCGCGCAACAACGUGAUGGUCUCGUCGUCUUAUUCCGCUCCUAGCACCCCCGAUCCGUCACAUCUCGACGUGUCCCGACUAGUGACACUACCUCCGCCAUACCCACGACAUCACCCCGCCGUCAACAACAACCACCCAGAACUAACAGACACCAGGGUGGCCGUGCGCGCGAUUUCCGACUUUACCGAGAUGGAGACCACAAAGGCCCGGUUCGUCACCGAAAGCAAAAAGAAGCGCGAAGAGGCCACAGCCGCGUCCAAGAAACGGAUCUCGGCGUUGCGGUCGAACCUGCAGCAGGAGAUCGCCUGCGGAAACAUGACGUACGCCGAGGCCGCCGCCAUCGAAGAGGACUCUGCCGUGGCCGAACGCGGUGCCGCCAAGGACAUGGAAAAGGCCGACUUUGAGCGCUUCCAGCAGGUGGUCGUGGCGCCGCUCAACGACCUCCUGACGGGCAGGAUCGCCAAGGCCACGACGCUUUUCGACGAGCUGCGGUCGCAGAUCUUCAGCGAGGCGCGCGAGCCCAGCCCCAACAACCCGCAGGAGGAAGGCGACGAGCGGCCCGAGCUCCUGGAGAAGCUGACGCUGCUCAAGUGGAUAUUCGAGGCGCGCGAGGUGCUGCACCGCGCCAUAUACGACAUCCUGACGGACCGCAACGACCGGUACCGCGACGUGGUGCUGACGCCGUACAAGCUGCUGGGCAACGCGGAGAAGCUGGCGUCGGCGAGGGCCUUCUUCGCCGAGGACUCGGCCAAGCGCGCGGCGGCGUUUGCCGCCGAGUCGCUGCAGCGGGCGCGCGAGUUCCGCGACGUGGUCGAGGAGAACGUGUCGCGCGGCGUCGAGGUCCAGCUCUCUGCGUUUUGGGACAUUGCGCCGCCGCUCAAGAACCUCCUGGACGGCGUCCCGCUCGACCUCAGGGGCUUCCGCAUCCAGGUCCCCGUCAAGGAGAUACUCGAGAACCCGAGCUACGAGCAGCAUCCGCUGCAGCACCUGUUCAGCGUGCUGCUGCAUGCCGAGAAGAGCACGUACCAGUUCAUCGAGUCGCAGACCAACCUCCUGUGUCUGCUGCACGAGGUCAAGGAGAGCGUCGCCGUGGCGCGCGCCAAGGCCGUCGCUGCGGAGCGGACGGUCGCGGCGCUUUCGCUGUCUGGGUCUGACGGUUCCGGCGCCCAGCCGGACGGCGAAGAGGACGCGAGCGUGCGUGAGAUGAGGGAGGCGGAGAGUAGGGCGUUGACCGAGGACCUCAAGGAGAAGGUCCGUGUCGUGCAGGACCAGUGGAACAGUGCGCUUGGGGACUGCAUCAACGGAGUCAAACAGCGGGUCGGAGAGUGGCUGCUUGAGACAGGGGGUUGGGAUGAGAGCCUUGAAGAUGGAGGUGUUGGUAGAUGUUGA